UUCCAGAAGACUUUUGUGUUUAUUUUCCUUGAAUGUCCCCUCUUUUUCUGCUAUUCUUGAAAUUCUGAUCAGUUCAUAUUAUGUUGAAUGAAUGAUUAUUGAGUAGGAGUGGAAAAAUCAAUCUGAUUCUCAGUUCUUAGUGCCCUUUUCUUUUGCUUUGUUCUUUGAAUAGUUGUCUUAGUUCUUGUUUGUAAAGAUUGAAGCUUUAUUGCUCUUCCUUUGGACUUUUGAUUUUGUGAUGAUUGUUGCUUAUUCACCGAACCAACCUGACAAUCUGGGAUUUUUUUAUUGUAAAGAGAUGCCAUAAAAAGAUUCUUGCUGGUGAUUUAACUUUUGUGGGCUCAAUCUUGAUUUUUUGUCCUCUGUUUGGUUUAACAGGAAAUUCUUUCAAUGGACAUAAGUUGCGUACUUGCAUAUGAGUAAGAAACCAGCUACAUGAGUUGUCAAAUAGAACAAAGUAAAAUCUGGAGGUUUGGAGAACUGAAAGAAAGCCUGUGAUGAAACCAUCUAGCUCCUGUGUUUUACUAAUUAGAGAAUUUAAGUUUUUUCUCUGGAGGAAGAUCUGCCACGUUCUUGCUACCGGUGCUGUAUCCAGCUUCAUUAUCUCAUCAGAGACAGGCUCUGUAUUUUUCUUGUGGAGUGACCCGUUUCUUUCACUACUUGAAAUUUGAAGUGAACCAUGUCUUUAGUCAGAUCUGCUGCGUUGUUCCGGAACCGUGAGGUUUACUCUCGGAAGGAUGGAAAUGACAGCUCUGGAGUAUCCACAUCCAUCUUUAACACGGACAACCGUGGGAUUAUUUACUCCAGUGAAUCAUACAGCAGUGACAGUUAUGAUCCAAAGUAUUUCCUCGACUCGCCGUCAGAUGAUCUCGUCCACACAUCCGGCUCCGAUGCCUCUGAAAAUCCAUUUCACCAGCCACGCGCCUCUUCUUACCAGCUUAUGGCUGGAAAUGGUUCCUUGACCUCCUCUUUGGCAACCAAAAGACAUAAUGCCUAUGAAUUCAAUUAUGAAUCAGAAUACUUUGACAGCCAAAGUCCUGAUGCUAUCGACUAUGAUGAAUCUAAGAUGAGACUAAAGCUUCAAGAACUUGAGAAGGCGCUUCUUGAUGAUAAUGCCACCAAUGAUGAUGAUAGUGAUAAUCACGAACACAGUAUGGAAAUUGAUGGAGAAUGGUCCGAUACCACUCGUUAUCCUUUGCUUUACAACUCACCAAAGGAAUCUUCAUCCUCGGAUUCCAUCCUCAGUAGCACAAGCAGUACCAAGGAAAUAUCAUUUACCACUCUAACUCCCAAGAGUUUGCUUCUUGAAUGUGCUGCUGCCAUCCACAACGGCAACUUCGAGGAAGCGUCACACAUGAUAAAUGUGCUCCGUCAGAGGGUCUCCAUCCAGGGAGAACCUUCUGAAAGGAUUGCAGCGUACAUGGUAGAAGCUCUGGCAGCUCGGAUAGCUACAUCUGGAAAAGGUCUUUACAGAGCACUAAAAUGCAAAGAGCAACCUUCUUCUGAAAGACUUUCUGCAAUGCAGGUCCUCUUUGAGGUAUGUCCAUGUUUUAGAUUUGGUUUCAUGACAGCAAAUGGGGCGAUUUUAGAGGCAUGUGAAGAUGAAAAGAGAGUUCAUAUCAUAGAUUUUGACGUCAACCAAGGAAGUCAGUAUUACACUUUGCUGCAAACGCUGGCCAAAUCUCCUGGAAAGCGACCCCAUGUGAGACUAACUGGAGUUGAUGACCCGGAAUCAGUUCAACGUGCUGUGGGGGGCCUGAAAAUCAUAGGGCGGAGGCUCGAACAACUUGCUGAAGAUCUGCAGCUCUCAUUCGAGUUCGAUGCUGUAGCUGCUGAAACUGCUUUGGUUUCUCCAUCAAUGCUUGACUGCCAGCCAGGAGAAGCUGUGGUGGUGAACUUUGCGUUCCAGCUCCACCACAUGCCCGACGAGAGUGUAUCAACUGUAAACCUACGAGACCAGCUUCUUCGGAUGGUCAAAAGCUUGAAACCAAAACUUGUUACUGUUGUCGAACAAGAUGUGAACACAAACACUGCCCCAUUCUUGUCAAGAUUUGCGGAAGCCUACAAUUACUACUCUGCUGUGUUUGAAUCUUUAGAUGCAACUCUCCCAAGGGAUAGCCAGGAUCGAAUGAACGUAGAAAAGCAGUGUCUGGCUCGUGAUAUCAUUAAUGUUGUUGCAUGUGAGGGAGAGGAAAGAAUAGAGCGGUAUGAAGUUGCUGGGAAAUGGAGAGCAAGGAUGAGUAUGGCUGGUUUUAGCCCAUGUCCAAUUAGCCAAAAUUUGAACAUUGAGAUCCGGAAACUCAUAACGCAGUACUCUGAUCGAUACAAGGUCAAAGAAGAGACGGGUGCGCUCCACUUCGGGUGGGAAGACAAAAUCUUGAUAGUCAGUUCAGCAUGGAGGUAAGUAAAAUGGUGCCCAGAGACUAGGAUGAACACUAAUGCAGUAGGCCGAUCCAACUUAUAUAUAACUGUAACAAUAUUUUCCUUCUCUCUUUUUUUCCAUCCGAUCGCCGCAUAACAGUUGUGUAAUGCAUGGUCGGACGGCAGUAUACUUUCUCAGUUUGGUUUAUCUGAUGUAGGCUAUGUUGUAAGCUUUAACUGCGGUCUCCCUGAUGUAGGCUAUGUUGUAAGAUUUAGGAGCAGCGAACUUUAGUUUGUUUUAGAGUAUUCAACUUUUUGUGGAUAACUAUCCUUGAGAGUGUUA